AUGGCAUCGGGUGCGUUGAUUCAGUCAAGUGUGCGGAGGACGGACCCUACGAUCACUCUCAAACAAGCCCUGGCAAGUUUCGAGGACGCUUUGAUGGACGAGCAGAAGGCACAGUAUCAGACCAGCACCACAUCCCCAGACGCUGCGAGUGUGAUCGAGUUUGUCGCCCAGAUCGAUGCAAAAAACAGUACGGUGAUGAGACGGUGUGUUGCACCCCGACUGUGCACAUUCCUGGAGGCAACUCAACAGUUCACCAGCGUGGUGGAUACAUUCGUCAGCUCCAAUCCUACAAUCGCCGCUCUCGUCUGGGGAGGUGUGAGAACAACCCUCCUGACGGCUAGCAAUGUUGCUGCAUACUUUGAGAAGGUCACAGGCAUGAUCAUGAGGAUUGGCAAGUCGUGUCCGACUUAUCAACAGUUUGGUCAGCUCUACCCGGGCUGUAUAGAUCUUCAGCGUGCCCUUUGCGAUUAUUUUGCAAUCAUCAUCCAGCUCUGCAUAAAGAUCAUCGAAGUCUCGCGGCGAAACACUGUGGCACAGACGUUCUCGUCUAUACUAUAUCCUUUUGAAUCCGAGUUCCAAUCGUUUCUCAAUAAUCUGCAGCAAGCGGAAAAAGAAAUACAACUACAGUUGUCCUUCGCCUCCAAGAAGUCCAAUUAUGAAGCGAGCAAGCUGCUUGAGCAGGAAGCUCGGGAAAACGUGGGCUUCCGACGAUCUGCAUUCGGGUUUUUCAAAGAAAGCAGUAAGGAGCAAGCGGAGAUGCACCAAUGGCGGAUCGAUAAGGCCAAAAGGGACGCUGCCAAGCUCAGAUCCAGAAUCCGCGAGAGCCUCUCAACCGUCAACUAUAUCCAACCGUGGAAGCUUGCCAAGAAGCAACACGUUCCUGGAACAGCGGAGUGGCUGCAGCAAGAGCUUGAUUUCGUUGCAUGGGAGGAUGAAAAAGGCAGUGCUAAUCUUUGGUGUUCGGGGACAAUGGGCAUGGGCAAGACUACCAUUGUGUCCAAUGUGGUUGCCUAUUUGCACAAGACUCGAAAGAAAGAUCACAUCAUAUCCUAUUUCUUCUGUAGGUCGGACGACGAAGAAUCUCGGUCAGCUCGAAGCAUCAUUGGGUGUCUAGUCCGUCAACUGCUUGAUGUCCGGAUUGGAAACGCUCGGAAUGAUGAUUUGGAAGGCUUAUAUAUGGACAGCCGUCAUCUGGACACGACCAACGAUGUUGUGAAUUUCGUUCUAUCCAAGCUCGAUGUUGGAAACAAGUAUUAUAUCAUUCUUGAUGGACUGGACGAAUGCGAGGAGGGAGAAGUUCGCGACGUGGCGCAGGCUUUGGCUCAAAUCAUCAACCACUCUACAAACCACAUUAAACUCCUCUGCUCGGGUCGUCCUGAGCUCGAGAAGCAGCUUUUGCGGGUCAUUACCCCCCAAUACAGGAUUCAGAUCACGGAAGAAAAAUUGCAGUCAGACAUGGAGCUGUAUAUUUCAAUGGAGUUGGGUCGCUGUCUGGAAGAGGAGCUGCUCCACCUCGGGGAUCCAACGCUGAUCCUGAAGAUAUCGGAAGCCCUACAGGAUGGAUCCCAUGGGAUGUUUCUUUGGACACGAUUUUUUAUUGAGGAACUAUGUACGCAGGCCUGCGACAGUGACAUCCUGGAGGCCCUGAAAAAUCUUCCGCAUGGACUUUCUGAGCUAUUUGAUCGCAAGAUUCAUCGCAUUCAGAAGCAAAAGGCGGCAAAGCAAGCGAUCAAAAUGCUCCAGUUUUGUGGAGUAGCAAAACGACCAUUGACAGCAAUGGAAUAUCGAGAAGCGUUGAGCCUUGAGCCCUACCAAAAGAGUCUCGAUCGGAGCAGGUUUCCCAACGACAUGAAUCAGAUUAUCAGCGACUGCUGCGGACUCGUCUUCAUGGAUGAAGAGGCAAGCACUGUGCAGUAUGUUCAUCAUAGCAUCAAGCAACACCUGUUCAGCCUGGCGAGUGAACACUCGGCAACCUUUGUAGCCACAACCCUCGAUCAACAUUUCGGUCUCCUCUGCAUGACCUAUCUUGAUCUCACCAACUUCAAGCAGCCUAACGAUGUAAACGGCCAAACUGCUCUGUAUGCAGCGGCGGAGGGUGGCUAUCUGAAUAUCGUGGACAGGCUUCUCAGAGCCGGCACGCGUAUUGAUACCCCCGUUACACGUGUGAAAGCCAAGCUUGAAUUAUACCCGGAAACAGGUCAGUUUCAAAUUCUGGAGAACGAUACCGGUUUUGGGCUCGAAAGUCUGAAAGGACGAGAAGCCCUCUCUGCUGCAGCAUGCAAUGGCCACCUGGAAGUAGUCGAGAGACUUAUGGCUGCUGGAGCUGAUGUGACACAAGAUCCUAUCCUAGAGCAAAGGACUCUUACAAAAGCGGCAGGAAACGGCCACCUGGAAGUGGUAGAGAGGCUUCUAGCAGCUGGAGUUGAUGCCAGACCAAAUAUCAUUAUAGGGCCGACAGCCCAUGCAGCAGCGGCAGGAAACGGUCACCUGGAAGUGGUAGAGAGGCUUCUAGCAACUGGAGCCGAUGUCAGACUAAGUCCUACCUUAGGUCAACUAGCCCUUAACGCAGCGGCAGGAAACGGCCAUCUCAAUAUGGUGGAAAGACUGCUAGAUACUAGGAUUAUUUAUGAUCCAGAUAAUACGUCGAAAUACCCUGCUGAUGGUGGACUCGUCAGUGCGGCAGAGAACGGCCAUCUAGAGAUAGUGGAAAAGCUUCUUGCAGCUUACGAAUUUGCCGGUAGGGAAUGGAGGAGAACGUAUCUACGACGGGCACUUGACGCAGCCACGACCCAUAAACAUUGGGACAUUGUGGAGAAAUUACGGCAAGCAGGAGAAUUAGAAAAGGCCUUUAGCUGGUUAAAGAGUUGGUGA